GUGUGUGCUGAUACUGGAUGAAGCUCAUGAGAGGACACUCUACACAGACAUCGCUAUCGGUCUUCUGAAGAAGAUUCUGAAGAAGCGGAGAGACCUGCGUUUGAUUGUAGCCUCGGCCACUCUGGAUGCCAAGAAAUUCCAGGACUUCUUCAACCUGAACGAGUCUGGAGACGCCAGUAAAGACACCUGUGGGAUCCUGACGGUUGAGGGACGGACGUUCCCUGUGGACAUCUUCUACACCGUCAGGUGAUUCUCAGCCUGGAUACAGUCCGAGCUAUGCCUCCCUUUGCUUUCAGUAGCUGUGUUUCCAUUUAUUAAUUGACCCUUUCCACAAGACUGUUAUGACCCAUUUAACGCUCAUCUUUAAUCUUUGACAGUUUUUAAUAUUUUAUUUUUUUAAACGUAUAAAAAUUUAUUUAUCUUUGCAUCAAAUUACAAGAAAAAGAAUUGCCGCUUAUGUGAGGUGUGUGUAAUGCAGUGUAUAUGGGGGCAGGACAAUAAAUUUAACGUUAUUCUCUCUUCCGGC